AUUUUUUUAAAUAAAAAAUAAAAGUCUUAUUGGAUGUAAUUGAUCUAUCUAUCUAUCUAUUCAAUCAAACAUCUUGUUGUCAGAAUCACAAGAACCAGCAAACCACCUCCCAUCAAGUUGCUGCUCUCAGAUUUCAACAUUCUUCAUUCGCACCAUCACUCAAAUUAAAUGGCCAACAAAGCUCAAAUUCGGACAAAUAAUUCCGCACUCAUUGCUAUGAUUGCAGAUGAGGACACUGUGGUUGGGUUUCUGCUGGCUGGAGUGGGUAAUGUUGACUUGCGAAGGAAGACAAAUUAUCUCAUUGUGGAUUCAAAAACAACUGUCAAACAAAUUGAAGAUGCAUUCAAAGAGUUCACAACAAGGGAAGAUAUUGCAAUAGUGUUGAUAAGUCAAUAUGUUGCAAAUAUGAUAAGGUUUCUAGUUGAUAGCUACAACAAGCCUGUUCCUGCAAUAUUGGAGAUUCCCUCCAAAGACCACCCUUAUGAUCCUGCACAAGAUUCAGUUCUUUCACGAGUGAAGAACCUCUUCUCUUCUGAAUCUGUGGCUUCUGGGAGACGCUAAGCUUCUGUUUUUAGACUUGCAUGAGUGAAGUUCAUUCACAACUGGCUCAAAUAUUAGCUUUAUGGUGAUUCUUUGAAUAAAUUCUGCUAUAUGAUACAGCCAGAUGGUAAAUUACUAUCAUUUUUUGCUUCCUAAACGGAGUUUGGAAUAUGUGCUUCUUCUUUAGCCCUAUUACAUUGGAUUUAAUUUUUUUUAAAUAAAGAACAAUGUUACUAUUGAGUCA